AGCCACUUUGGCUCAGGCGUCGGCCCCGAGCCGUGCGGCAUCGGGAUCGCGGGGGCGGGAUUGACCGCUCUCGAGCUUUUGGCGCCUCGGCGUCCCCUUCACCGCGCCUUCAUGGCGCCGCGCACGGGGAGCUGUAGCCGUAGCCGCAGCCGCAGCCGCAGCCGUCGGCAGACGGCGGCGCCCGCUGGCCCGCUGCGGCUCGGCUUCGUCGGCGUCGGCGCCAUAGGCAGCGGGACCAUUGAGGGGCUGCUCCGCUCGCUGCCCGGCGGCGGCCCGCCCAGCGACCUGCCCGAGGGCGAGCUCGCGAUCACCGUGCGGGACAGCCGGCCGGAGGGGAGGGUCACAGUGGCGCAGACCGACCAGGCGGUGGUCGACGCUGCGGGGGUGGUGUUCGUCGGCACGGGCAACUUCGGACCGCACGCGCUGGCGCCGGCCGCGGCGGUCGCGCUGCUGGGCGGGCUGCGGUUCCGGCGGGGCCAGCUGGUGGUGAGCUGCUGCCAGCGGCUGACGCGCGACCAGGUGGCGGCGGCGGUGGCGGCAGGGGGCCUGCUGCCCGCUGCCAGCGGGGACGGGGAGCCGGAUGGCGGCGGGGUGGUCAAGGCGAUGAGCAACCCGAGCCCGAGGGCUGGCGAUGCCACGACGGUGCUGCAUCCGCCGCACCCGCUUGCGGCCAUGCUGUACGGCCGGGUCGGCGCGGUCAUCGGCCUGGAGCGGGAGGCCGACUUCGCGCCGUGCUAUGCCGCCACGGCGCUGAUGGGCUCGCUCUUCGCCCAGCUGCGCGCCGCUGCCGGCUGGCUCGAGGCGCAGGGCGUGGCGCCCGAGGCUGCCGCGCGGUACGCCGCGGCCACCCACGCCUGCUACGCCCGCGAGGCCCUCCGGGGCUGCACGGGCGGGGUGACCGAGGUCGAGGUGACCGAGCGCGGCACGGCGGCGCUCGCGCAGCUGGUGGCCGGGCAGACGGCCGGCGGCCUGAACCAGCAGGUCCUCGCCGAGAUGGGGCGCGCGGGGGCGUACGAGCAGAUCCCGCGCUCGCUCGACGGCAUCCUGGCCCGGAUCGUCGGCCGGCGCGGCGGCGGCCCGUCGCCCGGCGGCGCCGGGGGCAGCGGCGCCGCCGGGGGAGCGCCAGCGCCGUCUUGAGUCAGGCGAUCGAGCCGAGCAGGCGUGCGCGGCAGGCUUCCUGCGGGCUCCUUGGGCGCCUCGGGGGAGCACUGCACUGCGACGGGCGGGGCCGCCGAAGGACCCCGAGCGGCGGGCUCGUGGCUGACGAGGGCCGCCAGAGGCUUGUCCACAGAA